ACUUUCCCAGGCAAGGAGGAGGCAUCCAGGCUUGACAGGGAUUGGCUGGUUUAGAAUGGCCCAGCCUCCCAGCCUCCAGAAGCCAGGGAGAAAGGAGUCCCAGAAGAGGAGUGGAAAGUGUCUCUGGAGAUUCCUGCCUCUUUCCUGGACCUCUGUUCUUCACUGUGCUGUUGAUCCAUCCAGCAGGAUGUCACAGCUGAGCCUGUCCUGGCUGGCACUGGGGCCUGAGUGGGCCUCCCCAUGGCAGCUCCUGCUGCCCAUUGGUGCCCUCUGGCUCCUGGCCCGAAUUCUGACCCAGAUCUAUGCUGUGUAUGGGAGCUAUCGUCGCCUCCGUGGUUUCCCUCAGCCUCCCAAACAGAACUGGCUUUUGGGCCAUGUGGGCAUGGUAACUCCUACAGAGCAGGGCAUGAAGACAUUGACUCAGCUGGUAGCCACCUACCCUCAGGGCUUCAUGCUGUGGAUCGGUCCAAUGUUCCCCACUGUCACUCUGUGCCACACUGACAUCGUCCGAUCUGUCCUCAAUGCCUCAGCUGCAGUUGCCCUCAAGGAUAUGGUACUCUACAGCUUUCUGAAGCCAUGGCUUGGGGAUGGGCUCUUGGUGAGUGCUGGUGACAAGUGGAGCCGCCACCGUCGUAUGCUGACCCCUGCCUUUCAUUUCAACAUCCUGAAGCCCUAUGUGAAGAUUUUCAAUGAAAGCACCAACAUCAUGCUUGCCAAAUGGCAGAAUUUGAUCUCCAAAGGCAACAGCCGUCUGGACAUGUUUGAGCACGUCAGCCUCAUGACUCUGGACAGUCUGCAGAAAUGUGUCUUCAGCUUUAACAGCCACUGUCAGGAGAAGCCCAGUGAGUAUAUUGCUGCCAUCUUGGAGCUUAGUGCUCUAGUGGCCAAAAGGCAACAGCAGCCUCUGAUGUACGUGGACCUACUGUAUCGUCUCACCAGCGAUGGGAUGCGCUUCCAUAAGGCCUGCAACUUGGUGCAUGAAUUCACUGAUGCUGUCAUCCAGAAACGGCGCCUCACCCUCCCCAGCCAGGGUUUGGAUGACUUCCUUAAGUCCAAGGCUGAGUCCAAGACUUUGGACUUCAUUGAUGUGCUGCUGCUGAUCAAGGAUGAAGAUGGAAAGCAGCUGUCAGAUGAGGACAUCAGAGCAGAGGCUGACACCUUCAUGUUUGAGGGCCACGACACCACAGCCAGUGGACUCUCCUGGAUCCUGUAUAACCUGGCGAGGCACCCAGAAUACCAGGAGCGCUGCCGGCAGGAGGUGCAGGAGCUGCUGAGGGGCCGAGAACCCGAGGAGAUUGAAUGGGACGACCUGAACCAGCUGCCCUUCCUGACCAUGUGCAUCAAGGAGAGUCUGCGGCUGCAUCCUCCUGUCCCUGUCAUCUCCCGCCGCUGCACCCAGGACAUUGCGCUCCCAGAUGGCCGGGUCAUCCCUAAAGGUGUCACCUGUCUCAUCAGCAUCUUUGGGAUUCAUCAUAACCCGUCUGUGUGGCUGGACCCUGAGGUCUAUAACCCCUUCCACUUUGAUCCUGAAAACAUGAAAGACAGAUCACCACUGGCAUUUAUUCCCUUCUCAGCGGGGUCCAGGAACUGCAUAGGACAGACUUUUGCCAUGAGCGAGAUGAAGGUGGCGCUGGCGCUCACACUGCUGCGCUUCCGCCUCCUGCCAGACGACAAGGAGCCGCGCAGGCAGCCGGAGUUGAUCCUGCGCGCGGAGGGCGGGCUGUGGCUGCGGGUGGAGCCACUGAGCACCGGCACGAAGUGACCCCACACCCGGCCUGGGACCACCCCACCCACCCAACUACCUCUGUGGAUCCCAGAAUAAUCACAGCUGUCACCCAUAUCUGAACCUUCCCAAAUGCCAGAAGUGGGAUGCUACGGUUCCUGUGCGUGGGUGAGGGAGGCCGGCUGGUACCCUUGACUUCCUCUAGUUGACCACAGGUCUUUAUAGUGAAGGUGUAUUCUCCUCCAGCCAAGCUGGACUACUCUCCAGACAUAGAAAGCCAAGGGAAGGUAGGUCUGUGCAAGAGAGGGUCCAGGAUGAAGGGCAAGUCUGCGCUCUGAUUCUCGCGGCGAAUCCUUUAUUUCAGCUCCAUUUCCACUAUGUUGAUCUCCAUUCUAACCACUCGAUAGACCCGUCUUCUCUCACAUCGGAACUAUUUAAUUAUUUUUCUUAGAGGGGGAAAGGGAGAGGAGGAGGCACUAAAUUACCGUGCUUAGUAAACCUAAAGCCUGGAA